AUGCCAGGUGGCGAUAAAUACGUUGUCAAAGCAUUAAAGUACAACGGUGUUAUUCUCCAUGCUUUCUCUUUAGGUGUUGGUGACGAUAAACGGGCGGACGCUCACAAUUAUCUGUCAGACGGUUCCGGAAUGACCCAGGAGUUCCUGGCGGACGGUGAAACGUUGAUGAUGACGUCGUCAACCGUGAUGGGCGCCAAGUCGCUGUCCUUCAAACUAGGAGAGGCUAUUGACUCCAUCACGCUUGAACGAAAAGUGAAAGUGACGUUUUCGGUUGACGGGGAAAAAUUGGUAGAGAAGCAGUCCGGAGAUGGCUUCGAGUGUCAGCACGUGCGCCAGGGGUCUGGAAACACACUCACAAUGACACUGACUGGGGGCGGACAUACUUGUAUACGGACAUUUGUGAAAUUGUGA